GUUUCCAAGAGCGCAGCGCUGCGCCAUGACUCUCCACUGGACUGAAGCAAUAAGGAUUUCCGUCUUCACUCACUAAACAAAAAAAAACUGACUGCAUCUUCCGAAGGGGGGGGGGAAGAAAAAAAAAACCCAAAACAAAACUUUGCCAAAGUUUUGUCCUCCUUGUUUUUCCAAGAUGCCACGCUCCUUUCUGGUCAAGAAACACAUAAACUCCGCAAAGAAGCCAAACUAUAGUGAGUUGGACAGCCCAACAGUCUUCCUCACGCCGCACAUCUACAGGGGCCUCCCCCUGCCCGUCAUCCCGCAGCCGGAGACCCUGAGCCCGGCGGCGUACAGCCCCAUCACGGUGUGGACCACCAGCAGCCUGCCGCUGUCCCCGCUCCCCAGUGACCUCUCGCCCAUCUCCGGAUACCCCUCGUCGCUGUCCGACGCCUCGUCCAAAGACCACAGCGGCUCCGAGAGCCCGCGGAGCGAUGAGGACGAGCACAUGCUGCCCAAGCUGGCCGACCCCCACGGGUCGGAGGCGGAGAAGUUCCAGUGUGGUCUGUGCAGCAAGUCCUACUCCACGUACUCCGGACUGCUCAAGCACAAGCAGCUGCACUGCGACGCGCAGGCGAGGAAGUCCUUCAGCUGCAAGUACUGCGAGAAGGAGUACGUCAGCCUCGGGGCGCUCAAAAUGCACAUCAGGACUCACACCUUGCCCUGCGUUUGCAAAAUCUGCGGCAAGGCGUUCUCCAGACCGUGGCUGCUCCAGGGACACAUCAGGACGCACACCGGCGAGAAGCCAUUCUCCUGCCCUCACUGCAACCGGGCGUUUGCGGACAGGUCCAACCUCAGAGCGCACCUACAGACCCAUUCAGAUGUGAAAAAAUACCAAUGCAAGAACUGCUCCAAAACUUUCUCCAGGAUGUCUCUUCUGCACAAGCAUGAGGAAUCUGGUUGUUGUGUAGCGCACUGAACUGGGAUACUUUUCCAACCGCCGGAAAAAAGAAACACCCUCUGUUGAUCCUUUUUUUUUUUUUUUUUUUUUUUCACAUUUUCCAAGCCCAGGAGAACUGUGGGGAAAUCACAUCCAAGGGGUUUGUUCCCUGAAUACAUGCAGACUUUUCUUCUUUCUACGACCGGUCCAUUUCAUCUCAGAGGGAGAAACGGCUCUGUGCUCUCGGGCUUCUCGUUUCGAGCGGUGUUUCUUUGAGCGAUGAUCAGUGUCGAGCUUUGUCAAACCAUGUACUCUACCUACCUGUGCUAUUCAUGCACUUUUCCUGCAUGUCUAGAAUAUGUUAUACGCCUUCUCAAUGUUAUUUCAGUGUUUGUACAAGUGCCUCCCGAUGGCUGUGGCGCAGUCCUCCACUUUUUCUUUUUUUAUACAAACCACACAAACCAUACCAAAAGGUGCAUUAUGAAUGACAGUAUGAAUCCAAACCAGAGGAAUACUGAAGCCAUUGUUACUUAGGGAACGAGUGCAAACUUAGUUUUUAGGGCGGAAUGAUUCUGACUUUUGCACAUGUCAUUAGAAGCAGGUUUGCCAGCACUCAAAUAGCAAAACGAUUCUUCUCAAGUGCCUCAGUUUUACUCGGCAAUAAUAUGUAUUUUUUUCGACAACAGUUUCAUGUUUUUAUAUUUUUAUAUACUGAAUGUAAGCGUGACUGAGAUGAUUGUAUAUUAACAGUGGAAACUGUGAUGCUGAAUGAUUUUUAAUAUUUUCAUGACACUUUUGAAAAUAAAGUUUCAUGACAUUUUGUAUAAUU